GAUUGUUUGAGAAUCAUUAUCUUUCUUUACCAACUUGCCUGAAGCUGUGGUGUCAGUGUCACCCUUUUUUCUGUUUCAUCCUACUAUCUUUGAAGCAGCUGUUUGACAAUGAGGCACCGUAGUUUGCUAGGAAAUAAUGCAGCAUUCUUUAAAUGAUAACUGAAAGCACGUCUUCUGAGGCUGCAGUAGUGCCACCCAUUGGACAUAGAGCAUGAUGGCAGUAUUUGCAGAUCGUGCGAUGGCAUAGCUGAUAUCAUGAUGCUUAAUGGACCGUGCUGAGGUUGCACCUGAUAAAUUUGGGCAUAUAGGACAUGAAGUUGCCAAGCUGGCUUCCACACUUUCAGGGUUGCAAGUCUGAAACUAAGUCUGAUUGGUAUGUUACCACCUGAAGCUGCUCGCAUGCUCUGCCUCCAACAAUGUGUUUUAAGAUUGACUAUGUGUUAGUGUUACCCAUGGCUUUGGGAAACAAGAACAUGUCGGGUUUCAAAUGGUAUCUGUUGUCUCCUUGGUCCCCACGCAUAUCGGAUUCAAAGUGGUAUUUGACGUGCCAAAUGGAACACCUGCACCCCUUCCGUGUCCAUGUAACCACUGGAUGUGUUACCUCCCUUUAUGGAGUACACUUUUGGCUUCAUCAGUAUUUAAUGGUCGAUCAUUUGCUCCUUUUUCAUGCAAAUUACAGAAAUAUAAGAUAUCAAAUCUAGCCCUACUCUACUUCAACUCUUAUUUUCCUCCUUUUUUUUACCGCUUGAGCUUGUGCUGUCAACAGUGAAGCAAGCAAGUACAAGAUGCAGACUUGAGUUUGCCCUUCCCGAAAACCAUGAGCCCAACCGUACCUGACUUUUGUCGUCGCGCGCCGCGUCCGUCUUUCGUCUGUUUGGUCCCACACGUCAGUGCUCUGACAUCCGACGAACAAAAAUAUUCGCUCCACAUCAGAGAUUCAGACUAUUCAGAGGAGACGACCCCCGCCUCCUCUCGUGACGCGAGGUCGCGAGCAACCACUCCUCCCAUUGCCGGAUCGUCCUCGCCUCCCGAUCCCCGACCCAUACGCGUCAGACGAGAGGCAGCGAGCGCGCGGAAUGAAGGGAGGUGGCGUCAUCAGGGCCUCCGGCGGAGGCGCCGGCGGCGUGGGGCUGAUGCGGACGCGGCUGCGGCUACCCGUGGUGCUCCUCUCCUGCUCCCUCUUCUUCCUCGCCGGCUUCUUCGGCUCGCUCCUCUUCACCCAGGAUCCGGAGGAGGCGGACAUGCCGGUGCCGAGGAAGCGGCUGCUGGAGGCGGCGCUGCCCGAGAUGCCCUACGGAGAGUCCGGCGAGGCGGCGCCGUCCUUGAUCCCAUACCAGAUUUUGAGCUGGCACCCUCGUGCAUUGUACUUUCCACAAUUUGCGACAUCAGAACAGUGUGAAAAUAUAGUAAAAAAUGCAAAGGAAAGACUUGCACCAUCAACAUUAGCUCUGAGGAGAGGAGAAACUUCGGAGAGUACCAAGGGAAUCAGGACAAGUUCGGGAACAUUCCUCAGUGCUAAUGAAGACCCAACUGGAACCCUUGCAGAAGUUGAGAAGAAGAUUGCAAGGGCUACCAUGAUACCCAGAAAUCAUGGGGAGCCCUUUAAUGUCCUGCGGUAUGAGAUUGGACAAAGGUAUGCUUCACAUUAUGAUGCAUUUGAUCCAGCCCAGUAUGGUCCGCAAAAAAAUCAAAGGGUGGCGUCUUUCUUGCUUUAUCUCACGGAUGUCGAAGAAGGGGGAGAAACAAUGUUUCCAUAUGAGAAUUGGGAGAAUAUGAAUAUAGGCUAUGAUUAUGAAAAGUGCAUUGGCCUAAAGGUAAAACCAAGGAAGGGUGAUGGACUCUUGUUUUACUCCCUCGCGGUAAAUGGCACCAUUGACCCGACUUCACUUCAUGGUAGCUGCCCCGUGAUCAAGGGUGAGAAAUGGGUCGCCACAAAAUGGAUUAGAAGCAAUAUAGUUUAGAGAUUGAGGCACAAGGGUCAAGACGUCCUCCAAAAUAGAUCAUACGCACAUGUACUAACUAUUUUUUUACUUGGUACAUUGAUGGAAUAGUGCAAAGAAAUUGUAACUAUUCUGUUUGCAUUGCGUCAAUAUAUACUUAUAGCAUUACAGCGAGUGACAUUUUAGUCUCU